UGUGGUGACGAGCACAACGCGGAAGUGCUCUUGUCCACAGCAGCGCAGGGAGCCGCUGGAGACCAACUGUCCUCGGUCGGACACGAUGUCCAGCAACGACGAGAUUCGAUACUGUCACAGAUUCUCCUACGUUUUGCUCAAAUUCAUCCUGUUCUCCUAUGCCAUCGUCUGGUGGUUAAUUGGAGGAUUAAUCCUUGCCAUUGGCAUCUAUGCUGAAGUGGAGAGACAACGCUACAAGACACUGGAGAGUGUGUUUUUGGCCCCGGCUAUAAUUCUGAUUGUCCUGGGAAUUGUCAUGUUUAUUGUUUCGUUUAUUGGAGUCUUGGCUUCACUGAGAGAUAAUCUAACUCUAUUGAAAGUGUUCAUGUACACUCUGUCAGUUUGUCUAAUCCUGGAGCUGCUGGGAGGAAUCUUGGCGCUGGUGUUCCGCAACCAGACAGUGGAAUUACUGAACAAGAACAUCCGAAGGGGCAUAGUGAACUACUAUGAUGACCUGGACUUCAAAAAUAUCAUGGACUUUGUUCAGAAGAAGUUCAAGUGUUGUGGAGGUCAAGGGUAUGACGACUGGGCGUCCAACAUGUACCACAACUGUUCUGCACCUGGUCCACUGGCCUGCGGUGUCCCAUAUACCUGCUGCAUUACUGCUAAGCCGAAUGAAGUGGUCAACACAAUGUGUGGCUGCAAUUUGCUAAAACAAGAGCGUUUGGACUUGAUAGACAGAAUUCAUAUCAGAGGCUGCACUGAUGCUUUCUUCAUCUGGUUGAUGGACAAUUAUAAGAUUAUGGCUGGACUGCUGUUAGGGAUCCUACUGCCUCAGUUCUUUGGUGUGAUAGUCAGUUGGCUGUAUAUCACUCGUGUUGAAGAUGCCAUCAGCGAGUAUGGUCACUACAUGGACGGGCUACUGGACACAACGGACCGAGCAGCGAAGAGCCACGGCCGUGUGGCCAAAUGGUUUAAGUGUAUGCCAGAGAUCGACUGAUGGAGUCAAACAGAGAGCAGCAAAUGGACUCCAGUCAACAUUCACAGCUGGUCAAAGCAAUCCAGUCAAUCUAGAGACUGAUGCAGGCGCUGCAGGAGUCUUCCUCGGAGCUGUAGGCUUACAACGAGCACAACCAGUGCAGAGACUCAAUUUUAGUUUUUUUUAUAUUGGGAAGAAGGAUUUUAUCAGUAUCCAGAUUAUUUGGAGUUUGAUAAUCAAGCUUUUUUGUUGUUGUAUUUUUUUUCAGUUCUAUUGUAAGCUUACUGUAUGUAACUGAGAAAGUGAAUAUUCAUUAAUUACUUUGUUGAAUGCAGUAAACAAAGCCAGCAUGAAUGGGAAUUAAGAGCUCAUUUAGUGAUGUACUUUUAGCUGCACUGUGCCUCCGACAUUCUCAGGAACAGGAAUAAACACAAAAACCAACACAAUCACUUUUGCUUCUAGUAUUAUUAUAUAAAACGAAAUUUGUCUGUUCAGUUACACAAACACAAUGUGCAGCACUGACGCUUUAAUACCUUAAUAAAACCACUGGUCCUUUCAUGCAAACACUAGCCAAAAAAACUGACUGUCACCUGAAAGCAGAACAUGUUUGCUUUAGAGGUUUAUGAAACUGAACAUACCCUGAGGUUUGAGAAAAGUCCAUUGUUUUGAAAAUGAACCCUGCAUUAUAUCCCGCAUAUGCCCUUAUGACCAUAAGUGCUCACGAACCUGAAUGAUGUGUCAAAAAUCACCAUUAUAGACAUUUUAGACAUGUUCAUUUUUUCAUCAAAGCUUUGACUCCAAAUUUGAACUCCGGUCUGCGGCUGAAUGAUGUUCAUACAGGAUGUGGAUUAUGAUGCAAAACCUUGGGACUUCAAGCACAAGCUCCGGUUUACUUUACGUAAGUGGCUUUGUUCCCCCGAACCUGACCACUCACAGGACUAAAACAACCCAGUGUGUGGUGUCAGAGUGCACUACACCCUUUUAUCCACCCAGACCACCUCCCUACAACGAGUUACUUGUCCUACUACACUUGCACUGAACUGAACAUAUAAUCCAGGGAGCCGUUGCGCUGGUCUCAACACAGAUUUGGUAGAUUUAAUUAGAUGUGUAAUUUCUAGGACAAUAUGGUUGCAUAAAUAUGAUUAUAGGUUAGCUGAGAUGUAACUUACGAUGCAGUAUAUAUGCUUAAGAUGAUGUUGUAACAAACUGGUGAAUCCAAUGUAGUUUUACACCUUUGUCAUCAUGAUAUAUGUGAAUAAUGUGAAGUUAAUGUGCUACUCAACUUUGAUUGGCCUGUAGAAAAAAUAACUUUUAUUUCACAGUCCUCCGCCGUUAUCCCUUCUUAAUGAUAUGUUUAAUACUUUACUAACAUCCCUGCUGAAACAUGAUUUCAAGCGUUUUAAGUUGGUUCUUUUAAGUUAUUGCCUCUAUUCAACAAGUUCAACAAUUCUCUUGAAGGCCGAAAAGGUAUUAUCAUGACUUUAUUCGUAUUGCCAUGUUUCCCAUGUCUGGGCCAAGUGUCUAAUAAUCCAGGGUGAAUUAACUGGUUAGUAUACUGUAGUUCAUAAUCAGCUGACUGCAACAAAAAAAAAUACUUUUACAAGAAAAGACCACACCAUUUUUUUUUUUUUCUGUUUGGCCUUGAUUAGAUUUGAUUGUAAUGUGUGAAGCUAUUGGCUGGUGGGUUGAAGGUAAAUAUUAUUGUAUGUAUUCAAUUAGUUGAGGGUUUUUUAAAUUUACUUAUGUACAGUUACUACCUGCUCCCUAAAGUGACGCUGCAUUCACAAAGUCAGAUUUUCAAGAUUUCAACUCAUCCCUAUUGUUGUCGAUGAACAGAAAAGAUAGUCACGGCACACAGUAACUUCCCACUGAUUUAAUUGUAGUGAAAAGAAAAAUGUCUGAGUUUUAUGCUUUGUUUUUUUUUGCAAUUAAAGACUCAAUUUAUUAGAAAUAUGAUGAUGAUGACACAUUAAGCAGCUUCACUUUGUUCCAUUCUUCUGAAUCCAAACAUACUGUAUAAUACUGAUAACCAAAGAGAGUCUAUACUUGAUACGUGUAAUGUUUGCCGCAUGUAUUAUGUUCUCAAUAUUACAUAUCAUAAAAAUAUUUCAGAGGCCUUAAAAUAGGAUUUUUAUGUAAAUCAUAUAACAAUGCUCUAUUUUAAUAGAAUUUAAAAAUCCCUGUCAAAGUGCCAGUGUCGUCUCUUGAAAGAAAUAAGAUGCAUAUCCAUAGAUCAAGUGGAAAUUCAAAUGAACUGGAAUUUGCAUCAAAUGUCUACGAACAUUGUCAGAGUUGCACAAAACCCAUGCUUAUUGAAAGAAGAAUGUUGUCAAUAAGUUUUGUCAGUUUGGGGGUUAAAAAUAAAAUAAUUGAAUGCUGUUUGAAGAG